AUGGCGGACGCUACUGGGGACAAGUUAAAUUUGGACAGCAUCAUUGCUCGUUUGCUUGAAGUUCGCGGUGCCAAACCAGGGAAGAACGUGCAGCUAACGGAGAAUGAAAUCAAGGGACUUUGCGUCAAAUCACGAGAGAUCUUCCUUUCACAACCAAUGCUUUUGGAGCUCGAGGCCCCUUUGAAGAUUUGUGGCGACGUUCACGGACAGUACUACGAUUUGCUUCGUUUAUUCGAAUAUGGCGGCUUUCCUCCGGAAUCAAACUAUCUCUUCUUGGGCGAUUAUGUCGAUCGAGGCAAGCAGUCAUUGGAAACUAUCUGCUUGUUGUUGGCUUACAAGAUCAAAUACCCAGAGAAUUUCUUCCUUCUACGCGGUAAUCACGAAUGCGCAUCUAUCAACAGGAUAUACGGUUUUUACGAUGAAUGCAAAAGGCGCUACAACAUCAAACUUUGGAAAAUCUUCACUGAUUGCUUCAACUGCCUUCCAGUGGCUGCUAUUAUUGAUGAGAAAAUCUUUUGUUGUCACGGAGGUUUAUCGCCCGAUUUGCAGUCGAUGGAACAAAUUCGCCGAGUGAUGAGGCCUACUGAUGUACCCGACCAAGGCUUACUUUGCGACCUUCUGUGGUCUGACCCGGAUAAAGAUGUCACUGGCUGGGGAGAAAACGAUAGAGGCGUUUCAUUUACGUUCGGGCCAGAGGUUGUUGCAAAGUUCCUGAACAAACACGACUUGGACUUGAUUUGCAGAGCACACCAGGUGGUGGAAGAUGGAUACGAGUUUUUCGCAAAGCGCCAACUCGUCACACUCUUUUCGGCUCCAAACUAUUGUGGGGAAUUUGACAAUGCUGGCUCAAUGAUGACCGUCGACGAAACUCUUAUGUGCUCAUUCCAGAUUUUGAAGCCAGCCGAUAAGAAGAGAUUCAUGUCUGGUCUUUUGGCUCAGCCAACGGAACCUGUCGCUAUUGGAGGAGUGCGCCCAACUACGCCGUCAAGGAAUGCCCCACCAGCUGCCGGGAAAGCCGGAAAAAAGAAA